AUGGCUCCAACAUCAACCUACAAAGCCGUAACACUGGCCAAACGGCCCAAAGACGCCAUUGUCCCCAACGAGACAUUCUCAACAGUCACAUAUCCAGUUCCCUCGGCCACCGAGCUCAAGGAUGGCCAAGUUCUCUUCCAAUCCAAUUAUCUCAGCAUUGACCCGGCCAUGCGCGGCUGGCUCAACGAUGCCAGAUCCUAUGUGCCGCCGGUCAAGAUCGGCGAGGUCAUGCGUGGCCAGGCAGUCGGAACUGUUGUGGCCUCGAAAGAUCCGAAGUUCCCUGUGGGCAGCUUUGCGCUCGGCAUGGUGGGCUGGACCGAGCUCAAGGUGUGUAAUGCGGCCAAGGAGUUGCAGAAGGUUGAAUUGCCGAGGGGCGCAAGGAUUACCGAUACGUUGGGUGUCUUGGGAAUGACUGGUUUGACUGCAUACUUUGGCAUCACCGAAGUAGGGAAAGUCAAGGCAGGAGAUUUCGUCGUUGUUUCCGGGGCUGCGGGCGCGACCGGCAGCGUGGUCGGCCAGAUUGCCAAGCUUAAAGGUGCCACGGUCCUGGGUAUUGCAGGAAGCAAUGACAAGUGCCGCUGGCUGAAGGAGGAGUUGGGCUUUGACGAGGCAUUGAACUACAAAGACAAGGAGUUUCACAAAAAGUUCAGAGCGGCAACGAAGGAUUUGAUUGAUCUCUACUUCGAUAAUGUUGGAGGCGAAAUCCUCGAUAUGGCAUUGGCCAGAGCGAAACCGCAUGCUCGCUUCGUCAUGUGUGGAGGUAUCAGUCAGUAUAACUCUGCGAACCAGCAAGGGCCCAAGAACUAUUUGAUGAUCGUGUCCAUGCGCAUUCGGAUGGAAGGGUUUAUCGUCUUCGACUUUGAAAAGGAGUAUCCUCGAGCGCUCAGAGACUUGUCUCAGUGGCUCUCUGAAGGCAAAAUCAAACGGAAAGAAACGAUUGUCAAGGGCGGCAUCGAGAAGGCACAAUAUGCAUUGAGGGAUCUGUACAAAGGCGUAAACACAGGCAAGUUGUUGGUCGAGGUCAAGCCUGUCGACGAGAAGAUCAAGGCGUCGCUAUAA